CGUCACACUCUGUGUUAAACACAGCGUAAAACACUCGCUGUGCAUGCGCUCGAUUAAAUAUUAUCCUCUGACAAACAACCGAAUGUAGGGAAAAGUUUAAAACAUUUCGCAUUUGUUUAAUAAUGCUGGACGCAUUUGAUUCGCACUCAUUCGCCAACGCCGAUGCUAGUGCAACGCACAUUAAUUUAGUUUAUAAUUUAGCGCUUCAUUAGAACCAUGAAAAAACCAUUUAGUAAAGUGUUUGGUCAUAAAGACGAAAAAAAUGUUUCAGAAGAAAAAGAAGAAAAUAAUAUAGAAAUAGGCAACCAAAAAAAUGGCCCGGCAGAUUUUGAAACAGCUAUUUCAGCCACAGGUUUUGGAAAAUUUAAUUUAUUAUUGCUAUUAGUUGCAAUUCCAUCAGGAUGGGCGUCCAUGUUCGAAUCAACAACAGUUUCAUAUAUUAUUCCAGUUGCUGAGUGUGAUCUCGAGCUCUCUCUAGAAGACAAAGGAUAUUUAAUUUCCAUUACAUAUUUAGGAAUGUUAUCCAGUUCGAUGGUGUGGGGCUUUCUAUCAGAUACAUUAGGACGCAAAAAAUUACUCGUCAUCGGUCUUCUUUUGGCAGCUUUCUUUACAUUUUUAGCUGGAAUAUCACAAACGUUUCCAAUGUUGAUGUUUUCAAAGUUUAUGGGCGGUUUUAUUAUUAAUGGACCAUUUGCUGUUUUAACCACUGUAUUAUCAGAAUAUCACUGCGCGAAAUAUCGCGCAAGAGUUGUUCUUUCAAUGGGAAUAGUCUUCAGUGUAGCAAAUAUUUUCUUACCACUUUUUGCAUGGGGUUUAUUGCCCAGUGAUGUUGAAUGGAAGUUUUUCGAUGGUUACAUAACAUUGCAUUCGUGGCAUAUGUUUAUUUUAACAAGCGGAUUACCAGCACUUUUGAGUGGUCUUGGUCACUAUUUUCUCAUACCAGAAACACCAAAAUUCUUGAUGACUAGUGGACGCAACGAUGAAGCAUUAUUGGUUUUCAAAAGGAUGUAUUCUUUAAACACUGGUAAACAUCCGGAUACAUUUCCCAUCAAAGAGUUAAUUGAUGAGAAUGCAUUGAACGAACACAAAACAAUCUCGAGCAAUAAAAUGGAAGCAUUCAGGAAUGGUUUCGCUCAAAUGAAGCCUUUAUUCUUUGCGCCUCAUCUUGGAAAAUUAACAUUAGUGUUUUUGCAAUUGGGCACUCUUAUGGGUUUGAAUAGUCUGCGUUUAUGGCUGCCGCAGAUAUUCACCGCUAUCAAUGAUUACAAAACAUCGCAUGACGGUCAGGAAAGUAGCAUUUGUGAUAUGAUCCAGGGACUCACUCCGAAUAAAACUAUCAUUGGCGAGGAACAGUUUGUCUGUAAAUUUAAUACUGAUAGUGGAGCAGUGUACACUAAUUUAAUGAUUGUUUCGCUUGGAUCGAUUGUUGGAUAUUUAUUUGUUGGGUCGUUAAUUAAUGCUAUUGGAAAGAAGCGUUUAUAUAUUGUUUUGGGAAUGAUUUCUGGCACAAUAGCAUUCGCUCAUUAUUUUGCACAAGAUUCAAUGACAGUUACUGGUCUUUCAAGUGCUACUAUCGCACUUUCUGGUAUCAAUACAAAUGUAUUGUUGACUGUUAUAGUUGAUCUCUUUCCAACAAGUUUGAGAACAAUGGCUGUUUGUAUGACUAUGAUGGUGGGUCGUUUCGGUGCUAUGUUAGGUAACAUAAUUUUCCCCUACUUGAUCCAAUCGGGUUGCCUACCACCAUUUUUAUUCGUCGGUGUAGUCAUCUUUGGUUGCGGAGUGCUCGCUGUUUUAUUGCCAAAAACCGAUCUUAAAGCAUUAGAAUAAUUAAUUAAUCUCAUCUUGUCAUAACUAACAUUACGUACUUUUAGUUACCCUACUCAAUGACUUGUAUAUUUGUUUUUGAUGUUUAUUUACUUAUUUAAUUUAUAAUAAAUAAUCUUUGUUAAUACUC